UCCCAGCAUCCUCGGGCCGAAGCAUGUUUUCUUAGGGGGACUACUAGGGCGAGGCGGUGAGUGGUUUGUGUUCGCGCUUGAACUACGAAUCCCAGGGUACUCCGAGCGUUUGGGGUCAAAGGGGAAGUUGAACAUGGCGGCCGACGUGAAACACGAGGAAGCGGCAAAGGAAACCGUGGAAACGUUUAAAGAAUUGGGAGUGACAGAUGUGUUGUGUGAGGCGUGUGAUCAGCUGGGAUGGAAGUCACCAACAAAGAUCCAAGUGGAGGCAAUUCCAGUUGCACUUCAAGGCCGAGAUGUCAUUGGUUUAGCAGAGACAGGAUCUGGAAAAACAGGGGCUUUUGCUUUGCCUAUCCUUCAAGCACUGCUAGAGACCCCACAGCGGUUCUUUGCUUUGGUACUUACACCCACCCGGGAACUUGCUUUUCAGAUCUCAGAGCAGUUUGAGGCCCUUGGAUCUUCCAUUGGUGUCCAGAGCACUGUAAUCGUUGGAGGAAUUGACAUGAUGGCUCAGUCUCUGGCCCUGGCCAAGAAGCCACACGUAAUAAUUGCAACCCCUGGUCGCCUUAUUGACCACCUUGAGAACACGAAAGGCUUCAAUUUGAGAGCUCUGAAGUACCUAGUUAUGGAUGAAGCAGACCGGAUCCUCAACAUGGACUUUGAGACUGAGGUAGAUAAGAUCCUGAAAGUAAUUCCCAGAGACAGGAAGACAUUUCUGUUUUCAGCUACAAUGACUAAAAAGGUGCAAAAACUCCAGCGUGCAGCACUUAAGGACCCUGUUAAGUGUGCAGUUUCGACUAAGUACCAGACAGUUGAAAAACUGCAGCAAUAUUAUAUUUUCAUCCCUUCCAAGUUCAAGGACAGUUAUCUGGUUUAUAUUCUGAAUGAACUUGCUGGGAACUCUUUCAUGGUAUUCUGCAGUACUUGUAACAACACUCAGAGGACUGCCCUCCUGCUUCGGAAUCUGGGCUUUACUGCCAUCCCCCUCCAUGGGCAGAUGAGCCAGAAUAAACGAUUAGGAUCUCUGAACAAGUUCAAGGCCAAAGCUCGAUCUAUUCUGCUGGCUACAGAUGUUGCUAGCAGAGGUCUGGACAUCCCCCAUGUUGAUGUAGUGAUAAACUUUGACAUUCCUACCCAUUCCAAGGAUUACAUUCAUCGUGUGGGGAGAACUGCUCGUGCUGGGCGCUCUGGCAAAUCAAUCACCUUUGUCACACAGUAUGAUGUGGAGCUCUUCCAGCGCAUUGAACACUUGAUAGGCAAGAAGCUGCCCGCUUUCCCCACUCAGGAGGAUGAAGUUAUGAUGCUGACUGAGCGAGUGGCUGAAGCACAAAGAUUUGCUCGGAUGGAAUUGCGGCAGCAGGAAGAAAAGAAGAAACGCUAUCGAGAGGAGGCCGAUGAUGAUGACACAGAAGGAACAAUGGGCGUCAGGAACAAAGUGGCUGGUGGGAAAAAGAAGAAACGGAAAGUGUGACAUUUCUUCAUUCUUUUAGAGUCCUUGGAUUCUGGGAGGCUCUGGUCCAGCACUAUUUAUCAGACUGGCUCUCUGUUACUAGCCCAAUAACAGGAACUCUUCUGCUUGAUUGGCGUCUUUGCUAGUGAGACACAUUUCAGCAUCCUGGAUAUAAUGCUGAUUUUGUGUGUGCGCAUGAAAGAGAUGUCAGAAACAUUACAGUAUUGUGGAUGCCUUCUACAGCCAGUUGCUUUUUUUCUAUCCACCACUAGGGAGCAGGAGAGAGCGGGUUUGAUAAUCUGUUUCUGGGCAGUCUAUCCUUUUGAUCUACUACUACCCAAGUUAAAGGGACUUCUGCUUCUCUUAAGUUCAUAAAACGGCGAGGGGUGUGUGUGAAAUAUAGCCCAUUGAGUUGAUUCCUGGAUAUGCUGACAAGAUGGAACUCUGAAAUUAGUUUUUGGCCUUAAAGCUGGGAGAAAAAUUAAAAAAUAUGUAUAUUUAA